CCAUCCAUUAAUUCAUCCUCGAAAGAAUCAAACAAAAUCUUUGCUAAAUUUAGAGAGAGAAAAAAAGAAACAAGAGAUAGGGAUAAGAGAUGAUAAGGAAAACAUUUGGGGGUAACAGAGGAAUGGGAGGAGGAGCGGCAAGAGGAGCAGGAGGUGGAGGGAUGUUGAACUUGAGGACAGUUCAAAGGGCAGUUAGGGCUGGUGUCGGUGGUGCAGCCCAAGAACCAUUUCCAAAGUCCACCAGAACCACCACCACCACCACCACCACCACCACCACCACCAGUAACAGCUCUACUUCUACUGCUUCUAAAUCAUCCACUUUCAAACACAACUCCAACACACUUCAUCUAUCCUCUCCAACAACUAGAUCCUCAUCACCAUUUUCUUCAUCCACUCCUUAUUCUUCUCCUGCUUUUGGUGAUGAGUUUGAUUGGGAAUGUGUUUAUGCAAGUGAAGAUGAAAGGGCAAAUGGGUUUUGUGAUGAUUUUGUUUUUGGGUCUGUUCCAACCAAAGAUGAAGUGCAACAUGCAGUCUCUAAUCUUCAACAGGUUAUCGACCCAGCCUCCUUUUCACAGUUCAUCAAGGAUAGAUUCUCUUAUAAUUCGGACAUGGACAUAGCGGAUCAUGUUACAAGUCCUGGUGUAAUGCACAGAGUUUCAUCAGUUGGGUCGGAGUUAGAUUGGAUUGAGCCCUCAGUACAGCUAUGUAAUCCCAGAAUGUUGCAACGUCAUGGAUCUGACAGAGUUUAUGAUGCUUUUCAUUUGCUGCAGACUGAGCCUUCUGUUCAGAGAAUGGUCAUUUCAUUGUCUUCUGACAAGGCUGUUUGGGAUGCUGUUUUGAACAAUGAUGUGGUACGGGAGCUCAGAGAGUCAUUCGAUGCAGCAGAAAACAGUGCUCCUGAAAGUUCGGAUGAAAGUGCUGAUGGCUCCAACCCGGCAAAAACACUACUGAUGUUGAUCUUUGGCAACACAAAGGCCAAAGUCAUGGAACUAAUGGAUAAAAUCUAUAGGCUGGUGAAUGAUCUUCUCCAGUCCCCAGACAGUGAGAAAACAACUGAAGAAACCACAAAUUCCUUCGAGCAAAAGCUGAGAUCAUCUUUCCUGAUCUCCGUCAUGGUGCUCUUAAUUGUGGUUGUGACUCGAGCCCACAAGGCUUGAUUAUUAUUCGACGAAAUGACAGAUGCAAUCGCUUGUUGAUAUGAACAGGUGGUAGAAACUCUUGGAUGCAUUGAGUAAGAUAUUUUGGAUUAAGUUAUAUUUGUCAUAAACAAAUCCAAGUGGGGACCUCAGAAUUGGCUUUGUUUUUCUGUAUAUUAUGUGGAUAUUUAUGAAUGCUCGGUUCUGGUAAUACUUAUGCACGAUGUCUGGCUGAAUGCAGCAUCAAGCAUGAUGGAUUAUUGUUUAUGUA